CCUGGGGAUGGAACGGACCGCAUCUUCACUCACCCAGCCCACACGCAUGUCAUGGACCCGUUCCACGGCAUGCUCAUCGCGGCGGCCAUCCUCGUGCUCUUCCUCAUCUUCGUCGCCUUCCCGCUCAGCUUCUUCCUCCGCUACUACUUCAGCACCGGCGUCCCCGAGGUGCCCGCGCCGAGGGGCGUCGGCCCGGAGCUGCUGGGCUCGCUGCCGGUCACGGUGUACCGCACGGCGGACCACGUCGGGGUGGUGGAGUGCGCGGUGUGCCUGGCCGGGCUCCAGGACGGGGAGCAGGCGAGGUUCCUGCCCUGCUGCGGCCACGGGUUCCACGCCGGGUGCAUCGGCGUGUGGCUGGCGUCCCGCUCCACCUGCCCGCUCUGCCGGGUCACCGUCGUCGGCAAGCUUCCGGACGCGCUUACAUCGACGAGUCUCCCUCCCACACCGCAGGAGCCCGCGAAUUACGCCGGGAACCUGCCGGCGAGUGUGCUGAACUGCUGAUGCUCGGGGUUUCAGACCAGGCCACGCGCCGCGCGGUGACCGUGACCUCUGAUGAAGAGGCCGCUUCGCCCUUGCAACGGCAGCGGUGCCGGUGAUUGAUAUUCCGGGGUCAAGUCAAGGAUGGUGGCGCGACGAGUCCAAGUCUCCGGGCAUGUUCAAGAGGCUGUGGAGCUUCGAUCGGGAGGCAAGAACCGUCGGCGUCCACUACGGCUUGCUCCGGCAGCAGUGGCAUCGGAACAGGCAGCAGAUGUAGAGCGGGUACCAUCACCUGUGCUGUGCAUGCAACCCCGAGAGCUCCGGUGUAGGUGAAGCAUAGAGCCGGAAUUGUCGCCGGAUGUGCCGCCCAGAGAUCAACUCCAAUGCCGGAAAAAAAUUAUACGAGACCAGGUCUCACGGUUAGCAGGAUGCUUUGUGAUUUAUGAAUGCCACGUGUCAUCCAUUAGAAUGGGUCUCGCGUGAGACCUGGUCUCAUAGAAUUUUUUUCCCUUCAAUGCCCAAGCUCUGCACAUUUUUGCAUGCUGGUAUAUAUAGGACAUAGAUAUUCUUUUAAAGAUUCAGUAACAGAUAUAUACGCUAUUCUCUGAUAGAUACUCGCCUAAGCAGCAAAUUUGUAAAAGUUAUUCUUCCAGCCCAAGAAUUAGUAGUUCCAUGCGUGUGUAUGAUCGUUUUA